AUGUUAUUUGAGCAGGGUCAGCAGGCCUUGGAGCUUCCUGAGUGCAAGAUGCAGAAGGCUACUUACUAUGAAAACCCAGGACUCUUCGGAGGCUAUGGCUACAGCAAAGCCACUGACACUUAUGGCUAUAGCACCCCCCAUCAGCCCUACCCACCCCCUGCAGCUGCCAACUCCCUGGACACCGAUUACCCAGGUUCGGCCUGCUCCAUCCAGAGCUCUACACCUCUUCGAGCCCCAGCCCACAAAGGAGCCGAACUCAAUGGCAGCUGCAUGCGAUCGGGUACUGGGAACAGCCAGGGUGGGGGUGGUGGCAGCCAGCCUCCUGGUCUGAACUCAGAGCAACAGCCACCACAACCCCCUCCUCCACCACCGACCCUUCCCCCAUCCUCACCAACCAAUCCUGGAGGUGGAAUGCCUGCAAAGAAGGCCAAGGGUGGGUCCAAUACUUCUAGCUCCUCAGCCACCAUCAGCAAGCAGAUCUUCCCCUGGAUGAAAGAGUCCCGACAGAACUCCAAGCAGAAAAACAGCUGUGCCACUGCAGGAGAGAGCUGCGAGGACAAGAGCCCGCCGGGCCCGGCGUCCAAGCGGGUGCGCACCGCGUACACCAGUGCGCAGCUGGUGGAGCUGGAAAAGGAGUUCCACUUCAACCGCUACCUGUGCCGGCCGCGCCGCGUGGAGAUGGCCAACCUGCUGAACCUCACCGAGCGCCAGAUCAAGAUCUGGUUCCAGAACCGGCGCAUGAAGUACAAGAAGGACCAGAAGGCCAAGGGCAUCCUACACUCGCCGGCCGGCCAGUCCCCUGAGCGCAGCCCACCCCUCGGCGGCGCCGCCGGCCACGUGGCCUACUCCGGCCAGCUGCCGCCGGUGCCGGGUCUGGCCUACGACGCGCCCUCGCCGCCCGCUUUCGCCAAGUCGCAGCCCAACAUGUACGGGCUGGCCGCCUACACGGCGCCGCUCAGCAGCUGCCUGCCACAGCAGAAGCGCUACGCGGCGCCGGAGUUCGAGCCCCACCCCAUGGCGAGCAACGGCGGGGGCUUCGCCAGCGCCAACCUGCAGGGCAGCCCCGUGUACGUGGGCGGCAACUUCGUCGACUCCAUGGCUCCCGCCUCCGGGCCGGUCUUCAACCUGGGCCACCUCUCGCACCCGUCGUCGGCCAGCGUGGACUACAGUUGCGCCGCGCAGAUUCCCGGCAACCACCAUCAUGGACCGUGCGACCCUCAUCCCACCUACACAGACCUCUCGGCCCACCACUCGUCUCAGGGACGCCUGCCCGAGGCCCCCAAACUGACACAUCUGUAGCCGCCGCCGGCCCGGACUCGCGGCGCAAUUACCUCUCUUGCUUUGGUGAUGAGGGUGGCGGGCGGGGCCUGCGGGGCAGCCCGGGGACCCCUUCCCCCGCUCUGGCCGAGCUGCUGUCUUCAGGGUCUCGGGCCUCCAGCGGCGGAGGCGCAGGCGACCCGGCCUCCCCUCCAGGCGCGUCCUCCUUUGGGUGACUCGCCAUAAAUCAGCAGCAAGGAUCCUCCCCUGUAAGCCUGACAGUGCCAUGUACUGCGGACGAGGGACUCAGAUAAUCUGGUAAUGAUGUCCCGAAGGUAAGUCCGAGACCCAUCGGCGGCGCGCCCUGCAGAGGGACGGGAGCCUGGAGAGUCCCGGGCCUGGCCCGCGUCUAGCUUAGUUUCUGAGACCUUAAUUUAUAUGCUCCUUCCUGCCCCGUAAGGAUUGCAUCGGACUAAACGAUCUGUAUUUAUUAUUUGAAGCGAGUCAUUUCGUUUCCCUGAUUAUUUAUCCUCGUCUUAAUGUAUUUAUAUGUAUAUUUGUAGAAUUCUCCAGCCGAGCUUAGGAACGCGCUCCCAGGCCAUGGGGGCCACAUUUCACCUCUUUAGUCCCCUUGGUCUGAACUAGUUGAGAGAGUAGUUUUGAACAGUUGUAACCGUGGCUGGUGUUUGUAGUUGAUGUUAAGGAUUAAGACCGCAAAUUGUCCUUCAUGGGUAGAGUCAGGCAGCCCAGUGGCGUGGCACGACACACUUUAGUCAUUUCUCAACGGCCGCAGCCCUCGCCACUCCACACAGUUUAUUGAUUUCAAAUUGUCUGGUACUAUUUGAACAAAUAUUUAGAAUAAAAAAAUUUCUCAGUCGGAAAUGUAUCUGUGUUAAUCACGCACACUUGCAAGCAGAUCACUCUGCCUUUAUCUUUUGCACAAUCACGAUGGAAGGCCCGAAAUAGACUG